CCUACUUUCGGACCUAAAUUGUCAUGAAUGAUCAAUUAUUCAUAUUUUCUGUUAUUCACCUUAAUUUGUCUCUGUAAUGAUCGAUUCUUAGUCGUUGCUUGAAUAACAAACUUAGCGGGACAUUCCUCGGUUAACUCCCGUGUUGAUAAAAUUGUAACUACUUUGUUUAUUAUAGUAGCUAUGAACGACAACGAAAAAGAUGAAGCUGCGAAUUUGAAAGAGGAGUUUGAAUGGGUUCUUCGUGAAGAAGUCCAUGCUAUAUUACAUCAGCUUCACACCGUAUUAGUGGAGUGUGCCCAUAGAUUUCCAGUCCCACUAUAUGGAAACGAGGGUCAAAAACAGGACAAGUUUAUUCUGACAUCUCAACCAGAACAACUGAAAUGUAUUGUUACAUUAACAGGAGACAGUAUCACACAUGCAGACAUAAGCUUCAAGGUGUUAAGGCAGAUGCACACAAUAUGCCGGACAUCAAUAAACCAAGAUGGACCGUGGAAGUUGCAGCAAAUACAAGAUGCAGCUAAUCAUUUACAGCAGGCUAUUGGUUAUAUUGACAAUGUAGACAAGCAUUAUGUGUUCAGGUCAUCCGAAGAGGUGCUGCAUAUUAUACAAUGUCUGAUUGGAUCUUUGCAAAGGGCUCGCACAGCCUUAGUGUUACCUAAAAAGAAAGCAAUUGAUGAACUUAUGAAGAGUAGAAAUAUGAAAGCACUUUCACCAAAUUUGCCUGAGGAUCUUGCUAUAUCCUUCUACAUACAAGCACACAAACUCAUAUUUGUUGCAUACCAGUUGAGUUCUGUUCACGGUACAAUGAGGAUUGAUUCCUGCCAAGCGGACUGUGCAGUGCCUUGGUUAAGUGAUGUGCUAUUCAUGUUGACAGCCGCUCUACACAUGUGUCAACAGCUUAAAGAUAAGCUCUGCGUUUUCUCCCAGUACAAAGAUUUCACGGUUGAUUCAAGAUCUGCUUCUAUGAUAUUAAAUUAACGUAUCUCUUCUUCAACUAGUUAAGAAAGUCUACAUGACGUCAAUAAUGCACUUAGGACAUGAUAUGCAUUUAUUAUCCUGAUACUUUUUGUCAGCAUGAUCAGUGAAGGAGCAUAUUUUCUUGAAGUUUGUAUUUGGUAUUAUGGAUAGAGAAAACAAUUCGAUUAGAAAGAGAGGGAAGAGCGCGGUAAUACGCACUACGCUUACUAUGCGCAUUUAACGCGUCGCAAAAAGAUUCGGCAGCUUGUUGCGAUAUUAAAAAAAAAAAACCAGAUAGGCUCCCGGAAUUUUUUCAUAAACAUCGCGUUUCCGGUUUGAAUAGACCUUAUGUCUUCCCUACUUCAUCUAUGGAAAUAUGCAUGUAUAUUUGAUUAACUUCACGAAAUAGUAUACAAAUUAAGUCGGUGUCGAUAUUGACGUCAUGUGUACAUGUAGAUAAUAUAUGGGUUAAUGCUCAAUGAGUCUUGAUAGAGUUGAAACUUUUUGUCUAGAAUUUUUUUAUCUGUUGAUCAGAAGAACAAAAAAAAAAAAACUGGGGUUCCAGUUUUGAGAGCUUUAGGUAUGGAAUUGUGAUAUAGAGCUUCAAACUAUGUUACUUGGUGUGUGAAAUGUAUGUCAAUUCUCUACCAUUAUGUUGAAAUUUUCCUAUACUUAUAAUUAACUUAGUACUGCUAUCGUAUGAUACUGAUGAUAAGUACUGUGCCUCUCUUCAACUUCCAUACAUGUCCUUAUUGCGGUACCAUUAAUCUUCAAUCUAGACGACCCGUCUAUGGAAUAAUAUUGCCAUGUUAAAUGGAAACUUAAAUACGUGCCACAUAAUAAAUGUAAUAAAUACACUUAUUCUAUCAAGACGCUAAUUGAGCAAACCCAAGCAUCUCGUGUUUAUCGCGUAUUUAUUCAAUAAUUGAUAGUUAUCGAGUCCAUUGUUGAUAUUCUUGUUGACUAUGUUGUAAUAUUUGUAAUAUAAUGUAUAUUUAAAAUUAUAGUAGUCCACAGACCACGCAUUGAACGAGAUAAUGCAAAUGCGACCGUGUCAUAGAUACGGUAUAAAACACUAUUUUAAAAUUCAAUCCGAAUAACAGUGACCGCCUCUUUGGCACAGUGGUUAAUGCGUGAACGUAGAACCGAGGGUUCCUUGGCUUGAUUCCCGGUGUGAAUUCACAAAAAAUGACUGUCUCAAUGACCUACUUGUCCAUAAAAAGAAUCGAUCAGUGAAACAGAUGUAUAUCAUCUGCCCCAUACCCCACUAAGGCACACUUUUUCAGUGCCUAACAGUCUUACUCUAUGCAAUUAUAUAAAUAUUAUUUGAAAAUAUACUAGAUUAAAGCAAUUGCUUUAAGUUUUAACUGUUUUAUAACAGAUGUCGCAUUUUGUUGUAUAAAGUUUUAUUUAAUCGACGAUUUGCUCCCAUCAAGUUUAAUAUGUGGUCUGUGUCUGUGGCACAUCAUGGCCACGAACGUAUUACAGUUGUAUCUAGUGAAUAUUAUUAUUAUUGGUUGCUAGCAGCACUGAUAUCUGGAAUGUCCAAAUAAAAUUUAGUCAUAGAUAAAAAAUUUAAUACAGAUAAAUUAUUGUGUCGUCAUUGAUUACGUUUUGGAAAAUUUUCGAGUGUAUUUAUAAAUUUUGAGUUGGUAAAGUGUUAUUUCAUUCGAUGAAUGUGUUGAUGAUGUAUUAACAAAGUACCUAAUAUUUAUAAAAAAUUAAAUAUUCCUCAUUUUCACAUAUCCAUGUAUUUAUUUUGUUUUCACUAGUAUUUCAUUUGAUUUUUAGCGUAAUUAACGAUAUCCUUUAGAUAUCAAAAUUUCGUAUAAUGCGCCUAAAAUAAAAUGCAACUGGUUCCUAAAUAGGUAUUAUUGGUACAUUGUUUAUUAAAUCAAAUUAAUACUCGAAACCAGUAUCUACUACCUACGUGAUUUCAAUUUGUAAUAUGAGACCAAAUACAGAUGGCAUACGAAUAAUUUACCUUAUAUAAUGAGAACUAUUAACAAUCUCUGUGUAAUAAUUUGAUUCAAUGAACAAAAUUCUCAUAAGUAAAGAAACAUUUCCUAAACGCGUGUGUAUUUAUACAGCUGUUACAUUAUUUGCCCACAUGAUGCUUUAUACAUAAUAUUAUAUUAUUAUACGAAGUUUUCGUACAAAAUGUUAGUCAUAGGUAUCACAAAUUAUUGUAUUCUAGACAUUACUUUUAGAAUUAUAGUGAUUUCUAUUAUAGAUCUUAACUUUGGUUCAGAAGGUUACAUGUGUUUGCAAUGGAAGCAAAUAAAUAAGGUAUAAAAUAAAUAUGUGUGAAGGUAGCAAUGCUAGCUUUGUUGUGAAAACUUGAAGAAAAAUAAUAUGUAGCUAUUUAAAUAUUAUCAGUAUGAGUGCCUCUUCUAAUCAUAUAUAUGAUUUUUAUAAUUAUUUAUACUGUUUAUGAUUUUAUUAUAAUCGAAAUUAUAAUACAUAUGUAUCAUAGUUAAUCCACUAGUAGGAAGUAAAUAUAUUGCAAGAUCUGGCUACUAUUAUAUGCAAUACUAAACACUAAUCACACAAUAUCAAUGCUGGUAUGAGAUAACAUUAUUUGUGAGGACUUUGUGCACAAAUAAAUGGUUGUCAUUCGCUAUUUUUCACAAUUUAUGAAAUGGUUUGAUUCAGUGGCAUUGUUUCAUUUAUAAACUACACAUUUCUUCUUUGCUUUAUAAGAUUCUGUAAGGAUGUGAUUUUGGAAUUGAAAUUUGUAAAUAUUUCAGCACAUAAUGAAACACUAUCAUUAUUUUAAUAACUAUUUAUUGAAUGAAAAUUUAUUUACGUCAAAACACAGUGUUUAUUUUAUUUAGUGUAAAAGAUAUGUAGAAGGAAAAUAUAGUGCAAUUAGUUCGAACAGCUUGUUGAAAUUGCCUUUAAUUCAGUUCUUGAAACAAGAGAAUUUGCAAUAAAAAACAAUAAACAACUUGGUUUGAGUAUUCCGUGUUCAAAAUAAAUUUAAGCUUAAGUCUAGUGUUGUAACAUAACCGAUGAUGUUAAUGCGGGCCAUUUGUUUUAGAUAUGUUUCCGUGAGUGAAAUUUAUUGUUUCCAUGUUUUGACAAUAAAAUAAUUAUCUAGUAUUAUUAUACUAAGUAGCCUGAAGAUUUGUAACUUAUUACAUAAACAGUUCUUGUGAUCGUGUUUUAUGAAAAUAAAGAGAAAUUCUGUUUA